AUGUUCACAGAACAAGCCACUUCGGUGUUCCCCCGACGCCUCCAGACUCUGGCUCACCAAGCAUUCGGUAAUGGUGUGGUCGAAAUAGAUCGUAGCAGAUAUGCUGCUUCAUUUCUGGCGGUUGCCAUCGUCGCAUACAUUAUCUAUCAGACGUUUAUCCAUCCUCUGGCGAAGUUUCCCGGUCCAGUCUCUGCACGUUAUGUCCCGUACUGGAGGAACACUCGAUAUUGGCGCGGCACAUGGCACGAAGAUAUUCUCGAUGUGCAUCGCAGGUACGGUCGAGUGGUCCGGAUUGCACCAAACGAACUAUCUAUUGUCGAUGGCGAGGCAAUGAAGCACUUGUAUGGCCAUGGCACUUCAUCGACAAAGACACAGUGGUAUGCUACCUGGGACCCACCGAUCCCGGACGCCGUCGCAUUCUUCUCCGCUCGCGACCGAAAGAUACAUGCAUUCCAACGGAAACGGGUCUCUGGAGCAUACGCGAUGAGUUCGAUCUUGAGAUACGAACAAUUCAUACAGCAAUCCCUCGAUGAGCUUCUCCUGAAGUUCGCGAAGUACGCCACGGCUGAUAACAAGGUUGACCUCGCCAAAUGGACGAAUGCUUUCGCCUUCGAUGUCGUCGGUCAGCUAGGCUUCGGCGCGCCAUUGGGGCACGUGAAGACUGAAAGCGACGUGAUGAAUCUUCGCAGGAUCAUCUUUGAUAUGUUCUAUAUGAGCGCUGGUAUGGGGCACUAUUACUGGGGUAUCAAGGGUUAUUACUGGGGACAGAUGAAGAUAUUCACUAACAAGUUUACGACAAGCUUGCUAGAGUUAUUGGGCCAGAAAAACGAUAUCGUGGAAUUCAACGUAUGGGGUGUCGCACGUGUGAAAAGUCGAAUGGACGCAGAAAAACGAGGAGAAAAGGGACGGCCAGACAUGCUGGCGCAUUUCCUGAAUAUGAAGCGAGCAGAUGGCUCCCCGGCUAAAUUCAACGAAGUCCUCGCGGAGGCUCUCAAUCUCGUUGGUGCCGGAGCCGACACAACAUCUAUCGCAAUGCGAGCUUGUGUCCAUGCCAUUUGCCUACGCCCGCAAGUCUACCGAAGAUUGCAAGCCGAGAUCGAUGACUACUACGUCGCAAACGACCUCAAAUCUGGUAUUACUUACCAUCAGACCCAAAGCCUUCCUUAUCUGGUCGCUGUCUGUAAGGAGGCCAUGCGACUUCUGCCCUCGAUCGUUUUCCAGCUCCUUCGUCACGUCCCGGCGGAGGGCAUGUAUGUUGGAAAGCAUUAUAUUCCUGGUGGCUCUGAGGUUGGAAUAUCGCCAAUGGCACAAAAUCGUGACCAGGAUAUUUGGGGGCCUGACGCAGACGACUUCAGACCGGAACGAUGGCUGGAGAGCGAGGAAAGGACUAGGUUUUUGGACAGUUACAACAUGACCUUUGGUGGAAAUGGGCCACGAAUGUGCGUUGGAAAGAACAUCGCCCUGGUGGAGGUACACAAGUUCGUCGCACAGCUUUUCCAUCAUUUCGAUGUUCAGGUUUCAAAUCCUGACAAGCCCUGGCAUAUCACGACUUAUUGGUUUGCCUACCAACACGAUUUCUACUGCAACAUCACGGCUAGGCCCGAGUUUCCACUUUUGGCAAACGAGGUACCCAGCGAAGAACAGUAG